UACUAUUAGUUUGCUUUAUUACUAAUUCAAUUUGUAUAAGAUAUUUGUUAGAGUUUUAGACUUUCUAACUUAUCAAUAAUUAGUAAAUUUGUAAAUAUAUAGUAGUAUAAGAACAUGAAGGAAAAAAAAAAGGUCAAUAAUAGGUUAGGUUUAAAAUUAUGGCCGGAUUAGAAUCGGAUCGGAUUAAAAUCGGAUCAAUUUAAAUCGGGUCGGGUUAAUAUCAAUUCGGGUUAAAACAGAUCGGAUUAAAUCGGUUAUUUGUCGGGUCAUUUUCGGAUCGAGUUGAGUUCAAGUCGGGUCAAAUCGGUUCGGUUUGAGUUCAAGUCGAGUCAUAUCGGUUCGGGUUGAGUUCAAGUCAGGUUAAAUCGAUAUCGGGUUCAGUUUAGAUCGAGUUAGAUUCGAAUUCGGAUUAAGUUCAGGUCGGUUACAUAUCAGAUUUGGGUCCUGAAUUUCUCGGGUCAAAUCGGAUCAGUUACAGUUUGAAACGGAUAAUUUUUUUCGGACCAGUUCGGUUUUAACACCUCUAUAUAUGUACUUUGUAUAUAUGUAGUUUACUAGUUUUCUAACUAGUGUUUCUAGUAUCUGAAGUACGUUGUACCGAACACACAGUUCGGUGGAUAAACUACAUAUGGCUGGCUGGCAAUGAUACUAAUUCCACGAACAACACUUUCAAAGUCUCAAUCAAUUGACUUCGUCAAUAUUGCCUCACUUCAUCCAAUUAUGUAGCUCAUGAUCAUUAAAUAAACACUUCUCCUCUCUAGCUUACUGAAAAUCUGCGAACGACAAAGCUCACCUAAAUAUCUGUGAAGUUUCAAAAUUCAUGUCGAUGGCAACCGAGAAGAGUAUAAGGAGCUCACGGGACAUGAUCAAGUUCUUUCAUUCUUCUACUACUGGGAUUGCAGUGGCAUCAGUCACAUUCAUGAUUCUUUUACUUUUACUUCCUAUAGCUUCGGCAAAUCCCUCAGGCCGACAUCUUCUUCAAGCUACAAAAGAUUGCCCACUAGAUGUUCAGCACUGGAACUACACGAUCAUAACAAGCAGAUGCAAAGGACCCAAAUAUCCAGCCAACAUAUGUUGUGGGGCUUUCAAGGAAUUGGCAUGCCCUUACGCUCCAACCCUAAACGACGUUACCAACAAUUGUGCAACCACCUUAUUUAGUUACAUCAAUCUCUAUGGAAAAUACCCACCUGGCCUUUUUGCCAACGUUUGCCGUGACAGUAAGCGUGGCCUUGAGUGCACUGAUGCCCAGAUCUCCAUGUCCAGGUCCAAGUCCUCUUGCAGCACUGCCACAAUAAGUAUCUUCUUUCUUUCAAUUUUCUACUGGAUGCUCCUAUGAUUCUUGGUUCUUUUUUCUUUGACUUUGCAGUUAAUUUUCUUCCAAUCUAUAACCUUGAUAUGUAAUAUUAUGUAUACUAAUACAGUAACCAACUGGCAAAGACCAAAGUAUCAAUAGUACAACAAUUUAUACCA